CACGCGGAUGGAAAGUUUGUAUCCGCUGAUAGAGGAGAAGAAAGUCCAGAGAAAGAUGCAUGAAGAGGAUGACAGCGCUGCCAAUCCCAGCAGGAACUCCCGGAUCCUGGCGACCAGGUCUUUCGAUGUGCCCGACUGCGAUGGCACGAAGGAGCAGAGCGCCAAAUUAUGCGGCUACCUGAACAAACUGACAGGGAAAGGGCCCCUGAGAGGCUUGAAAACGCGCUGGUUUGUGUACGACCCCAGGAAAUGUUACUUGUAUUAUUUUAAGACUCCUCAAGACGCCCUUCCACUGGGACACAUUGAAAUAGCGGACGCCUGUUUCAACUAUGAUAUGGAGGUGGAAGAGGGGCUUUUUGAGAUCCACACCGAGGGGAAGGAGUUCCUGCUGAAGGCGCCCAACAGGCAGGUGAUGCAUUAUUGGCUGCAGCAGUUACAGCAGAAACGAUGGGAGUUCUGUAACAUGUCCGGCCACCGAGACAGCUGGUGCUCCCCCACCCCGUGUUAUCCACAUACGGGCCUGGUGGCCAAAGAUGCAGAAGCAAUGCUCUGUGAGAAGCCCAACAAGAGCAUGGAAAGUGUUCGGAGUGACUUUGCUGUGGAGAUGGACAGUGAUGGGCUGGUCGGGCUCCAGUCGCUGCGUAACCCUGUGGCACAACCCAACGCAGCUCUCAACUCCCUCCGACACUGGGGAUCUGAGAUCAGAAAUAGCAUGUCUCACCUGCGGGCCGGCCGAGGAGGAGAAAACAGGCGCAGUAUGUUUUACACAGCCAGCAGUGAGGACUGGGAGAUGGUGGAUCCUCCAGCCAAAGACACACCAGAGCACAAACCUCCACCUGACAGCCAACGCCGGGAAAGCCCAUCUCACCUUCAACGAUACUCCAUUGGCUCAGCGUUCACGUUUGACUUCCGCAGCCCCUCGAGAAUGAAACGGCCCUUUCACAUGGGCUCUGGGAAACCCAACCGCAGUGCAGAGAGCUCGCCGGUUGAAUUUAACGGGACCAAGACCUCCGAACUGCAGCUCCACAUUCAGAGCCAGCAGGAGGAAAUCAACCGCCUGCAGGAGCAAGAGAACCAGCUCAGAGAAGAGCUCGCCGGUCAGAAGGAGUUGGUUCGUCUUCUCCAACAAACACUACGUAGCUCCCAAUGCGAUUGGCAUUCCACAGUGUCUCCUGGGAACAUGGGGCUUCACAGUCAUAACCAAGCUGCGAAUGAGGUGGACAAAGCCCUGGCAGAGCGGGACACCCAGAUCAAAGACCUUUGUUGGCACAUGGAGAAGCUAGCCUUGGAGAAGGAGAGUCUUCAACAGGAGUUGAAGAGGUUGAAGAUCAAAGUUGGGGAGAUAAAUGAACAGCUGGGCAUGCUCAUGGAGACCAUUCAGGCCAAGGACGAAGUCAUCGUGAAACUUUCCCAUAAGAGUGGUAAUGAAGGAACCCAGUCGGCUGAAUGCAACUCACCUAGUGCAACUAGGGAACAACAAGAGUUGGACAUCCUGAAGGACAGCCUUCAGGGCUACAAAUCCCAAAAUAACUUCUUAAACAAAGAGAUUCUGGAGUUGACGGUCUUAAGAAGAAAUUCUGAAUCCAGAGAGAAAGCACUUGAGGCAAAGUGCACCAGUUUGGAGGCCAAGCUGUGUCAGGUGGAGAGUAAGUACCUGGUUCUACUACAGGAAGUGAAGUCUCCCGUUUGCUCCUCUUCAGAGCAGACCCAUAGUGGAGAGGUCAUCACCCGCUUACUAGAAGAUGCAUUACAGGUGGAGAGCGCAGACCAGCAGGAACACCCUAUCCUCAAACCCAAUGCUGUCAGUGAGUAUGAUAUUUAUGGCUUCAAAACUGUCCCAGAGGAGGAGGAUGACGAGGAAAAACUCGAAGCAAAAAAGAGAGCGCUAGACCUGAAGUCCCUUUCCCUGACAGACCAGGAGACCUCAGUUAGAGUAAAGUGGGACAACUACCUGGCCAUCACCAUGAACAGAGAGAUGGUUCGAUCUCCAGAACUUAAGGCGCUGAUGCGAACUGGAGUUCCCCAUAACCACCGUUCCAAGGUGUGGAGCUGGUGCGUGAACUUCCAUGUGAAGAAGAUGCGUGAAGACGUGUCAAAAGACUAUUACCAGAACCUUCUGUCCACGGCGAACGAAAAACCAAACCCGGCCUGUAAGCAGAUAGAGCUGGAUCUUCUCCGGACGCUUCCUAACAACAAGCACUAUGCUUCUCCUGACUCGGAUGGCAUCCAGAAACUCAGGAACGUGCUGCUGGCUUUCUCCUGGAGGAAUCCAGAUAUCGGCUACUGCCAAGGCCUCAACAGGCUGGCAGCUAUUGCUCUUCUGUAUUUGGACCAAGAAGACGCUUUCUGGUGUCUCGUGGCUAUUGUGGAGGUUUUCAUGCCACGUGACUAUUACACUAAAACACUGCUAGGCUCGCAGGUAGAUCAGCGUGUGUUGAAGGACCUGAUGUUUGAGAAGUUACCCAGGCUUCAUGCUCAUUUUGAGCAUUAUAAGGUGGACACCUCUCUCAUCACCUUCAACUGGUUCCUGGUUGUGUUUGUGGACAGUGUGGUCAGUGAUAUCCUCUUCAAGAUCUGGGACGCUUUUCUCUAUGAGGGACCCAAGAUCAUUUUCAGAUUUGCUCUUGCACUCUUCAAAUACAAAGAAGAGGAAUUUCUAAAGCUCCAGGAUACCAUGACCAUUUUCAAGUACCUUCGGUAUUUCACACGUACAAUCUUGGAUGCAAGGAAGUUGAUGAGCAUGGCCUUUGUGGACAUGAACCCAUUCCCACUGAGGCAGAUCCAGAACCGCCGCACAUUCCACCUGGAGAAGGUCCGUCUGGAGCUCACCGAGCUGGAAGCCAUCCGUCAGACCUUCCUGCGGGAGAGAGACACCACCCUGGACGGCCGCACACUCAUCAGUGACGACGAGGAGGACAGCUGAACCACAGCCAAUAAGACACCAGACCUGCAAAGCUGAUUAGCCAAUCACAUUGUGUCUUAUUCAUUUUUCUUUUUUUUUUUUUUUCCGUAUUUCACUCAACAAACUGUGACUUCGAGAGACCAAAGAACAGUAUUCCUUUGGAUUAAUCAAAAUGGUGGUCUUUUUUCAUUGUCUUGUCCAGUAUUUCAUCCAUUUGUACAUUGACCAAAAUCAGUAUUCGAGUAACUAAAGUACUUUGCAUUUAGGUAGUAAUGAUUGGUGCAGACUGGACAAGUGUCAAAAUUCUUAUACACUUAUAUUAUGCUGGACAUAUUAGGAUGUACAAUCCUGGACACCACCACUUUUUCUUCCAGCCGCACUUAUUAAACUUAAUUUACUUGUAAUAAUCAUAUCAGUACUUGUAUUAUAUUUGAUAUAAAUCGAAUUCAAGUUUACGAGGCCUGCCCUCUUUCUAAACAUUCUGUACUUUUACUCAGUUGAACUAAAUUCACUGUCCAGUCAAGGAGUGGCAAAACGCAAAUAUGUGUUAGAUCUACCUACCAGUACUUCCUGUCUGCUCAGGAAGUGAUUACCAAACCCUGCCAUAUCACAUGACUUUUUAACAUAUUUCACAAGCAUGUUCUUGUGUAUUUAGGUUCUAGAUGCAAAAUGCACAUUUGCUGUCAGUCUAAAAUCCACAGCGAAUCCUGAAGCUGCUCAAAAUUUGAGGUUUUGCUUGUUUGUUUUUCUCAAAGGUUCCAAGAAAGUGUUCGUGUUGUACUGUAUGCUGUUUCUGAAAUUCACUUAAAAUUAAAAAUGGAGUAACGACCCAUAAGGGCCUGUCUUGAGGGAAUGUAUGCCAGAAUUACUAGCACUUUUCUUAACUUUCAGUGUACAAUUUUGCUUCUGUCAUUUCAAAAUCAUGUGUUACAAACAUGUAUGCUUAGAAAAGCUGUGCAUAUCAGUGCAAGUACAUUUAGUGCAGUUGAUAUAUCUUUUACUCCAUUUCAUAAUGGUAUUGAAUACACAUAGUAUACAUUUUAUCACCUGCUAGUAUGACU